CUUUCCCUUCCCCCCGCGUUCUUCCCUUUCGAAAUUAUUUUUUUUUUAAAUUAAGGGGAAAGAUUGAGGAGGGGCGCGACUAAAAAGCGAGGCGAGACGGUGGUUGGUGGGAGAGGCUCGGCCUCCGCCACCCCUUUUCCGGGAAGGAAGGAUGGUUCCGUCCACGAACCCUUAGGGAGCGUCGCGCAAGAGGAGGGAGAUGCCAGUCAGAAAGCUUUUGGCCAAACUGUGGGGGAUGCCGCACCCCCCGAUCGCUUCCACCUCCCUCAUGCUGCUGCUCUGCCUCUUCUGGCUGAUGGGCGUAGAACCUGGCGAGAGCCUGGCGUUAGGGCCCAGGCUGAUUAUCAAGCCUUCCCAAGCCUACCGCCUGGUGACGUACUGCCUGUGCCACACGGGUGCCGCCCACCUGCUGCUCAACCUGUUGUACUUCCCGCUGCUGGGCUGGCGCCAGGAGCGGCAGCAGGGCACGCUCCGGUACCUCCACGUCUCCGCCCUGGGCGCUGCCGUCUCCGCCCUGCUGUACCUCCUCCUUGCUGGACUGGCGGGGACUCAGCCCAAGGCGGCCGUCGGCGGCUACACGCCGGUGCACCUGGCUAUGCUGGGGUGCCGCCAAAGGCAACGGAAGCAGCCGCGGGGCUCGGGGUGGAUCUGCACAGCCCUCUCGGCCGGCCUGCUGCUGGGGUUCAGCCAGAUGCUCUUGCCUGGCUCCCUUCUCCUCCUGCACUUGGGCGGACUUCUGACCUGCUUGGCCUACUCGGCUGGGAUUCUCUCCCCGCUGGAAGUGUCAGAGAGACGCCUGAAAAAGCUGCACAAAGGGCUGGUCUGCAGGACCCUGGCGGGAUGCCCUUUCCUGCAUUUUGUCACAUCCCCAGCAACUGGAACCCUUCCCACAGUUGACCCCGCAGCCCAAGAAGAAAGGAUUCCUCCUGCUCCAGAGCUCCAGAUGCGGCCGCUUUCCCCGGGAGGUUUGCCCACCCAGCCGCUACCUCCUUAUUGGGGUGGGGCGCCCGCAGGGCUGGGACAGGAAUGCAGCCCAUUCCAUGCUCCCGGGUCUCUGCCCCCCAUGCAUGACCCUGGCGGGGCUUUGGACGUCCCUUUCUUGACCCUGCGGGAAUCCCUAGCGGACGAGGAGUUGCUGCAAGCCGGGAUCCAGGCCUCCCUGCAGGACAUGAGCGAGGGAGAAGUGAAGCUCUCCAAAUCGUCCGUCUCUUCUCUCCGGCUCCAGCAACUCCAGAAGAUGGGCUUCCCCACGGAGCGGGCCGUGGUGGCGCUGGCAGCCACAGGCCACGUGGAAGGCGCCGUCUCGCUGCUGAUUGGAGGCCACGUGGGAGACAAAGCCGUGGUGACGGCAGAGAGCCGGGCGGCCCACCAGAGCCGGCCUCCAUCGGGGGGCAACCCAUGAGGGAAGAGAAGGUGAAACGUCCCUGUUCUGCUUGGGCUGACUCCCGGGCAGGAAACCGGCCACACGCGGAAUGAAUGAUUCCGACUUGUCACGGAAUCUUCUCCGGGGAUGCACAGAACAGGAAGGCCAAGCUGGGGCGGCGUUGAAUUGAGCCCCCCCACACACACCUCCCUCGGAGGGUUGCCAUAUGCCAGCCCAGCUCAAUCCAAUGGACAGGAUUCUGGGAUGGCUACUGGGGGGAUGCAGUUCGUCUCCCACUUCAUACAAGCGAACGGACCCAAAGUGUCCAUUUUCAUGCAUGUAACUGGAAAUAAAAAAGUGAUGUAGUCAGGAAAAUCCAGGAGGAAAAUA